GCGCAUCCGGGUCACGCUAACGCCGCGGCUUCCUCCCCUGUGUUGGUUCUACUCAGCGUCUGGGCCGGUCUGCAUGUCUUACUGUGGGGUCUCUGCAGCCCUUGAAUUGUGAAGACUGCACAACAAGACUCAGAAUCCAGUCCCAUAGGUGUAAUAAAGUAAUAGUGGUCUCCAUGGAAGAAGAACAAGAUUUACCAGAGCAACCUGUGAAAAAAGCCAAGAUGCAGGAACCAGGAGAACAAAAUUUAAGUCAAGUUAGCAGCCCGGAUGUCAAUGAUCAGAAACCUGAAACAUCAAGCCUUGCUUCAAACCUUACCAUGUCAGAGGAAAUUAUGACAUGCAACGAUUACAUCCCUCGCUCAUCCAAUGAUUAUACCUCACAAAUGUAUUCUGCAAAACCUUAUGCACAUAUUCUCUCAGUUCCUGUUUCGGAAACUGCUUACCCUGGGCAGACUCAGUACCAGACACUACAGCAGCCUCAACCCUAUGCUGUCUACCCUCAGGCAACACAAACGUAUGGACUACCUCCUUUUGGUGCGUUGUGGCCAGGUAUGAAACCUGAAAGUGGUUUAAUUCAGACUCCAUCUCCAGGUCAACACAGUGUUCUUACCUGCACUACAGGGUUAACCACAAGCCAGCCAAGCCCAGCACAUUAUUCUUACCCCAUUCAAGCUUCAAGCACAAACGCCAGCCUGAUCUCCACUUCCUCCACAAUUGCCAAUAUCCCAGCAGCAGCAGUCGCCAGCAUCUCAAAUCAGGACUAUCCCACCUAUACUAUUCUUGGUCAGAAUCAAUACCAGGCCUGCUACCCCAGCUCUAGCUUUGGAGUCACAGGUCAGGCUAACAGUGAUACUGAGAAUUCCACACUAGCACCUACCACCUACCAGGCAGAGAAACCUAGUGUCAUGGUGCCUGCACCACCAGCACAGAGACUUUCUUCUGGAGAUCCUUCUACAAGCCCAUCCUUAGCCCAGACUAUACCAAGUAAAGAUGCUGAUGAUCAGUCCAGGAAAAACAUGACUGGCAAGAACCGGGGCAAGAGGAAAGCUGAUGCCAGUUCUUCCCAGGACAGUGAAUUGGAACGGGUUUUUCUAUGGGACUUGGAUGAAACCAUCAUCAUCUUCCACUCCCUUCUUACUGGAUCCUAUGCCCAGAAGUAUGGCAAGGACCCAACUGUAGUGAUUGGCUCAGGUUUAACAAUGGAAGAAAUGAUUUUUGAAGUAGCUGAUACACAUCUAUUUUUCAAUGACUUAGAGGAAUGUGACCAGGUACAUGUGGAAGAUGUGGCUUCAGAUGACAAUGGCCAAGACUUGAGCAAUUACAGUUUCUCAACAGAUGGUUUCAGUGGAUCUAGUGGCAGCGGUAGCCACGGCUCUUCAGUUGGCGUCCAGGGAGGUGUGGACUGGAUGAGGAAACUGGCGUUCCGUUACCGAAAAGUGAGAGAGAUCUACGAUAAGCACAAGAGCAAUGUGGGUGGCCUUCUCAGUCCCCAGAGAAAGGAAGCACUGCAGAGAUUAAGAGCAGAAAUAGAAGUUUUAACAGAUUCAUGGUUAGGAACUGCAUUAAAAUCCUUACUUCUGAUCCAAUCCAGGAAGAAUUGUGUGAAUGUUUUGAUUACUACCACCCAACUGGUCCCAGCCCUGGCCAAGGUUCUCCUCUAUGGACUAGGAGAAAUAUUUCCUAUUGAAAACAUCUAUAGUGCUACCAAAAUUGGUAAAGAGAGCUGCUUUGAGAGAAUUGUGUCAAGGUUUGGAAAGAAAGUCACAUAUGUAGUGAUUGGAGAUGGGCGAGAUGAAGAAAUUGCAGCAAAGCAGGUAGCCUGUUCCACCAUGAGGUUAUGGAAACUGUUAAGCACAACAUGCCUUUUUGGAGGAUCACAAACCACGGAGACCUAGUGUCCCUUCACCAGGCUUUGGAGCUUGAUUUUCUGUAAGAACUGGAAUGAAGAGCCCUCCUCCUGAGCUCCUUUUUACUCCUGAAGGGAGCCAGAGGCCAAAUCCAACUGGGAACUUGAACUCUGUCCCCUCCUUUUCUGUGUUCCUCUCCCCCACCCCUCCCCCCACUUCUUUCCAUAGAAUGCUGGCGAGAACACAAUCAGAAUCAACAGCUACAAUUUUUGCUAAGAGUGAACCACAGCCCGGUGUUCAUCCUUGUACAGAUGCAGGAAACAUUUGGAUAGAGACAACAGUAGACUUACUGCAACUACAGUGCUUUUAAUUCUUCUGUGUUUUGUUUCCGAAAAAUGAAGAAAAAGAAAAGGCAGUUCGUAGGGCAGAGUCGGACUCCUAAGUCUGUGGCCAGUCUGAGCGCCCUUAACUGAUGGGGGUAGGGAAAUGCAGCAGAGUUUUAUAAGAAUAUCUCCUGUCUCCUGCAGUCUUUUAACUCCUUAGCUAUAGAAUUUUUCCAAGGAAUGUGUAUGUUAUUUUUAUAGGUAAGGGUCUGGUCUUUGAAGCAAGUUUUCUCCAUCUUUCUGUUUCUAGCAAGAAAAGGAUAUAGAAAGUUUCUGUGGAAAUAGUAAGUGAAAUAUGGGAAAUACCUCUCUGUGGCUGCAGCACCUCCUUAGCUGUUCAGUAGUCUGCUUUCUUGAAUGUUCCCUUCUGCCUGUGGGGCACUGGACACUGAUGACCUUCAGGCUUUGGCUGUUCCUAAAAGCCUUAGUCUUCUUGCUAGGCCCUCUUCCUCUUUAACUAAACAGUACACCCCUGGAGACUCCUUUAAAUUCUAAGCUUUCUGCAUGACUCUUAAUUCAGAGACUUAUGUCUCAAGAGGCUUCACCUCCAAACCAGGAAGAAGAGACUGGGACUUCUUAGGAAUUUCAGCAUUUUUGGCUCUCCAAGUCAGGAAGAUUCCACUUAUUCCUCCUGCAGAGAAGCACCUUCCCCACCAGACACCCUGUAGUAGAUGCUGCCUUCUGACCUCGUAGGCAGCUCUAGCUACUCCCUGCCCAACAAGUAAAAUAAAGUCCAAGAACAGGCUUCUCACCACUCCCUUUGAAAAAGCCCUUUGGCCACAUGUGGGUAUCCCAGGCAUCUGUUUACCCAGAUCUCUGCCUGGAAGGGAGUACAAAUUGCUCUAAUCAAAACC